AUGCUUGUUUUUGUUUUAUUGGUUUUCUCUCUUUUGCCUAUUUGCUUUGGGCAGUCUCUUACUCGCUGCUCUCCUCCUUCAGGUGAGCCAGCCUGUGUCUGCAAAACGCAUCAUGGAAUAAUAAAUUUGACAAAAAUAGCUCAAACUGAUGGAACCCCAAGGUUUCAUGAUCCUGACCUUGCUUUUGGUCGUUAUCAUUACGACUACAACCCUUGCUUUGGUUUUAGUAUAGGUAGUAAUGGUGAUUGUAAUAAUGGCAAUACUGCAAUUUGCCAGAAUGAAAAAACUCUUGUUUCAACAAUUGGUACAGAAGUCAUGUAUUAUAAUCAUGAUGAGGGGAAUUAUGAGUUGCAUUAUAGUGGAGGAGAUCUAACCAGAUCAGGCAUUGUCUAUUUACAUUGUGAUGAAGCAGCGGUUGAUCCAAUAAUUAAUACUACUGGUGAUUCAGAAACAGAAUAUCUAUACCUUUUUAAUCUUUAUACAAAUGAAGCUUGUUUGAAAGCGGCUGGACAUUCCGAUGAUUCUGGAUAUAUUGGCUUUAUAUUAAUCUCGCUGGCUCUGACUGCACUAUUGACUUACUUUAUUGUUGGCGGUAUUAUUCUUAAGUUUCAUAAAAAAGAAAGCGGCACUGACAUAAUUCCUAAUAAAAGGUUCUGGUUUAGCCUACCAUUCCUUGUAAAGGAUGGAGUGAAAUUUGUUGCAACACCAUGUAUGAGAGUGAAGUACAAAGACUAUCAACCAAUCUAG